AUGUCCGACGACGAAGUCGACCACGAGCUGCUCGAUCUUCUACGCAAGUCGCUACUAGGGCCCACUCCGAAAUCUGACGAAAUCGGUUCCGAUACAAAAGUUCUUCGACAUGCCGAGUUCAUCUACGACAAUAGUAUCGAUGUAAAUAUUGAUGCUCGUGGCACUAGAGCUGCUGCUCAAUCGAUCUGGGACCAGAUGCAAGAGCGCAGCUACAGCACAGAAACUUGGUCUGAACAUGACCUGCAUCCAAAAUCAAAGGAUGAAGCCACUCUCAACUUUAUUUUUGUCAUGGAUCUCCUAAACUUCAGCUUCUGGAGUGAAAAGCCCGAGAAUGAGAGAUAUGCCGUCGAAUAUCGUGGUAAAAAGUGGACUGGCUACUGGAGUUUGGUGGCUUGCUUGCAAAGGGCUCUCGAAGAGGAUAUUCCUAUCACAACACCUUCCUACUACGCCGAUGGGCUGGAAUGUCCAGACGAAAAGCUAGCAUAUGUCUUCCGUUCCUCGACCAAAGAGGAAAUCCCCUUGCUACAAGAAAGAAUCGACUGUCUUCGAGAAGCCGGUCGUAUUCUAGAAGAGCACUUUGGUAGUGUUGCUGGCCUUGUUGAAGCCGCCGACAACAGUGCCGGUAAGCUUGUCAAUCUCCUCGCUCACCAUUUCUCGUGCUUCUGUGAUGAGUCCGUUUUCGAAAAACGCACCGUUCGCAUCAUGAAGAGGCCGCAAAUUCUGGUCGCCGACAUCUGGGCUGCGUUCAAUGCACAAAGCUAUGGCGAAUUCAUCGAUAUCGACUGCAUCACCAUGUUUGCUGAUUACCGAGUGCCUCAAAUCCUCCACACACUGGGCUGUCUGACGUACAGUCCGCCCCUAGACAGCACUAUACGUACCCAACAACCCAUUGCUCACGAUUCUAGCUACGAGGUUCAGUUACGUGGUUGCAGCAUCUGGACUGUAGAGAUGAUUCGCCGAGAGAUUCUGAGGAAGUAUCCAGGCGCCAAGGUCAACGCUAUCUUGCUCGAUUUCUUCCUCUAUGAUCUAGCCAAGGAGAAGGAGAAGUCUGGCGAACCUGCUAUUCCUCACCAUCGGACUAGGAGCAUUUGGUAUUAA